AUGCCAGCUUCUGACCUCUUGGGUUGCAACAAUCGAGACCGGAAAAAGACACAGACCAAGACCGGGACAAAGCGGGCAGUCGACUGCGAACUGGAGAUCGUGGACCGAGUCUUGAUUCAAGAGCUAGCAGACAGUAUUGGCGCAGAAGCGAGUGAUAAAUGGAGUCUGGCGUCGAUGUUCGCAGCUGAGAAGAACAAGGGCAAAAGGAGGAUCGGUUUCAGUGAUAUCGUUGUUGAUGUGGGGAGAAAAGAAUGGAAAGAAGCCGUCGAGGUCAGUCGAGUUUGGGGUGGAGGUAAAUGGCUAGACAACUGGGAUGGAGGUUCUAAUGCAGUCCCACCACAAGCGCGGCACAAGCACAAGAAAGUGAGGCAUGCGCCAAGUAAGAUACUAAAGGACGGCCCGGAAGUUGCCCUUAUUAACAAAAGAACAACCCACAAGUUCGUCGGGUAA